GUCGGUCAUACCAGCUAAUAGUCUUGAUCAGUUUCAGAAUAAUCAAGGGAUACGCAUAGAUGAUGAAACAAAAUGUGAUAACCACACAAUAGCUGAUGUCGAAUUUAUGCAUGCUCCUAUUAUUAAUGAACACAACAAAGGAUUGGAUGAUCUUGUGGAUCAAGAAGAACUCGGUGGAGAUGAAUGUGAUGUAGAAGAGGAAAUUGACAUUGAUUGUAGUACAAAAGUCCAAAUUUAUAAUUCCAAUAGAAGGAAAGAAGUGGGUGAUGACUGGUCUUCGUGAUGCUUGGAGGCGAUACAAACAAAAAAUUAAAGAGAAAUUUUUGAUAAAAAUAGUACCCUUGAGGAUAUGCUAGCAAAACGUCCUGAUGGCAUUCCAGAUAAUCAAUUCCGCCAACUGAUCGAGUAUUGGAAACACCCAACUGUUCAAGCCAUAUGCGAGAUGAAUUCUCAAAACAGGAAAAAACAAAAGUGGAGGCAUCGAAUGGGACCUAUUAAUUUUGCAAGAGUACGCGUGGCAUUGCGUGCAGCCAAAGACAAUAACGAAGAACCAUCAAAGCCUGAAAUGUUUAUUACAACUCGUGCCAAGACGGGAAAGGAAAUCCAGGCUGAUACCCAAGUUGCAAUAACUGAACUUCAGAAUCGCCAAAAUUCUGGGGAAACAGCUGAUGAUGCAUUUAGGGAAGUGUUUGGAAAGGAGCAGCCUGGUCGACUUAGGUGCUAUGGUAGAUCAGUGACAACAACUUCUUUGAAGAAAGAUGAGGAAAUUAACAAUCUAAAACAAAAGCAUGCCAAUGAAAUCACUUCUCUAAAGGAAGAAAUGAGAGAAGAAAUGCGACAUUUAUUCACUCAAUUGCUGCAAAACAACCCUGGAUUGAAUUUUCAAGAUAUACCAGGGUGUGUUGGAUCUAACGUUGCUUCACCUGUUGAUGCAAGUAGCGCACAAGCUGUAAGAGGCACAAAUCUUCCACAUUCUUCAGGGUCAGCUCAUGAUUCGGUUUUUCAAAAGUUGUAUGAGCGUUGUAUUGUGUUGAAGGAGGACUCUAGUGAUUUUGGGUUGUAG